CAGAGAACUAUUAUCUCGACUCGUUUUGAAAGUCAAAAAAAGGGAAAGAUGGUCAUUUGGUCAGUUGCCUCCCUUGACUAGACAACAUCUAAAACCUUUCCUAUAUUCUCGAUAGUUUUUUGAAAUUACAAAUGUCUGCUGAAGAUGUUGAACGUUUCAAUAACAUCCGCGAAUGCGUUGAAUUUGUCAUGAAAGAUGACGCCGAGUCAAAAGAAGCAGCGGAUAAGCUAGGAAUUUCCCUUGACCUGUACAUUUCCUUCAUGGUUGUCACUUCAUUCAUAUCGAUCAAUAAAUAUCCAAGAUAUAUCCCAGAGUAAUCAAUCAAUUCAUUUUUUUCCUAUUUUCAUUUUGAUGGUUUUCUUUUAAUUGUUAACACUUUUCAUUGUCGAGUGCAAAACAAUAUAUUUUAUUUGAUUAUUAGCCAAUGAAUUUUAAAGGUUAAAAA